AGCAGUUUGUGUGUGUGUCUACAUUUGCUGAUCGCAUCGCCGCCCCUGCCCAUCAGUGAGCCCCAGACUUGACUUUGCCCAGCGCCGUUUCAUCUGCCUGCCGGCGAAUUGGGAUUGCCAAUGGCGGGGGCAGCGGGACCGCAGCUGCAGCUGCACGGCGAGCGCACCACGGGGCAGGAUGUCCGCACGCAGAACGCCACCGCGGUGCUGGCGGUGGCCAACAUCCUGAAGACCAGCCUGGGGCCGGUUGGGCUUGACAAGAUGCUGGUGGACGACAUUGGCGAUGUGACAAUCACCAACGACGGCGCCACCAUCCUAAAGCUGCUGGACGUGGAGCACCCGGCGGCAAAGGCGGGUGGCGGAGGAGGGCAGUCAACGGUGAUCCUGGUCGAGCUGGCGGAGCUGCAGGACCAGGAGGUGGGCGACGGCACCACGUCGGUGGUCAUUGUGGCCGCGGAACUGCUCAAACGCGCCAACGAGCUGGUGCGCGCCAAGAUCCACCCCACCUCCAUCAUUGGCGGUUACCGCCUGGCCAUGCGCGAGGCGUGUAAAUACAUUGAGCAGCAGCUGGCAAUCCCCACCUCGAGCUUGGGCGCUGAGACGCUCAUGGCGGCGGCCAAGACGGCCAUGAGCAGCAAGAUUGUGGGAGCGGAUUCAGACUUCUUUGGUCGCAUUGUGGUGGACGCGGUAACGGCGGUUAAAAGCGAGGAUGAGGAGACGGGCAGGGUGCGGUACCCGGUUGGCGCCAUCAACAUCCUCAAAGCCCAUGGCAAGAGCGCAAAGGAGAGCCAGCUGCUAGAUGGUUAUGCCCUGAACCUUGGGCGAGCGGCACAGGGCAUGCCGAAGAAUGUGAAGAAUGCCCGCAUCGCGUGCCUGGACAUGAACCUGCAGAAAGCACGCAUGCACUUUGGUGUGCAGGUGCUGGUGACUGACCCCAAGGAGCUGGAGCUGAUCCGGCAACGUGAGCUGGACAUCACGCGCGAGCGCAUCCAGAAAAUCAUUGAUUCAGGUGCCAACGUGAUCCUGACUACUAAAGGCAUUGACGACACUGCCCUCAAGUACUUUGUGGAGGCGGGUGCCAUUGCCUGCCGACGUGUGCCCAAGGAUGACCUGCGUCGUGUUGCCAAGGCCACUGGCGGCAGCAUUGUGAUGACGCUGGCAGACAUGGAGGGCAACGAAACGUUUGACCCCGCAAACUUGGGUGUGGCGGAGGAGGUGGUGGAGGAGAGCGUUGCAGACAAUGACAUGCUGAUGAUCCGGGGCCCGAAGAACACGCGGGCUGUGACAGUGUUGCUGCGCGGCGCUAAUGACUACAUGCUGGAUGAGAUGGACCGCUCCUUACAUGACGCUUUCUGCAUCGUCAAGCGCGUGCUGGAGAGUGGGCAGGUGGUGCCAGGCGGCGGUGCCGUGGAGGCUGCGCUCAAUGUGUACCUUGAAAAUUUUGCCACCACGCUUGGCAGCCGGGAGCAGCUGGCAAUUGCCGAGUUUGCAGACGCACUGCUGAUCAUUCCCAAGACGCUGGCGGUGAAUGCAGCCAAGGAUGCCACGGAGCUGGUGGCUAAACUGCGCGCCUUCCACUACAGCGCGCAGACCAACCCCGAGAAGAAAGCGCUGGCGCAGAGCGGGCUGGACCUGGUGGGGGGCACGAUUCGGGACAAUAUUGCAGCGGGGGUGGUGGAGCCUGCGCUGAGCAAACUGAAGAUAAUCCAGUUUGCCACCGAGGCUGCCAUCACCAUCCUGCGCAUCGACGAUCUCAUACGCUUGGAGCCCGAGCCGCAGGAGGGCGAGGAGUGAUCGCUACAACCUCGCAUGGCGCUUGGGCUUUGUUUUCCCGGGCAGUGUAAACCACUGCGCCAC